CUUAUUUUUUUUUUAUAAAGGAAAAUUGAAAGAGAAAAAACCUGCCUCUACUGAGGCACUAAAUCAAAGUCUUCAAGCAAUGCAUACAGCUGGGUGCUUAAGUCUAGCUGACAUUGUGGAAGAUAUUAAGACAGCUGUAAAAAAUAAAGUUCCUCUUGUACGGUCAUCAACUCUUAACUGGGUAACAUUCUGUAUUGAAACAAGUAACAAGGCUGUUAUUUUAAAGGUGCACAAGGACUAUGUGCCUAUCCUUAUGAAGUGCCUCAAUGAUGGGACUCCAGAUGUGAGGGAUGCAGCCUUUUCAGCUUUGGCAGCGAUAGCUAAGUUGGUUGGUAUGAGACCCUUGGAGCGGUCACUUGAGAAACUUGAUGAUGUUAGAAGAAAGAAGCUUUCUGAAAUGAUUUCAGGUUCUGAAGGUGGCACAUCCACCAAUACAAGCUCAGCAGUCCAAGCUUCUGGUGCAACUGCAUCCUCUCAUGAGGCAUCAGAUGCUUCAUUUGUUAAAAAGUCAGCAGCAAGCAUGCUUAGUGGGAAGAGGCCUGUUCAAGCAGCUAUGAGUUCUUGA